CCGAACUACCUCCUCCUUACACAGCCAUCGCCAGCCCAGACGCCAGCGGUGUGCCUGUCAUCAACUGCCGCGUAUGCCAGUCGCUCAUCAACCUGGAUGGGAAGCUGCAUCAGCACGUGGUCAAGUGCACGGUCUGCAAUGAAGCUACACCCAUCAAGAACCCCCCAACUGGGAAGAAAUAUGUGAGAUGUCCCUGUAACUGCCUGCUUAUCUGUAAAGACACGUCCAGGAGAAUAGGAUGUCCUCGACCAAACUGUAGACGCAUUAUCAACCUGAGCCCGGUGAUGGUAAUCCCCGAGGAGCAACCCGCCCAGCCGGCACUGCCCAUCCAACCUGAGGGGUUGAGGGUGGUCUGCGGUCACUGUGGAAACACCUUCCUAUGGAUGGAGCUUCGGUUUAACACACUAGCCAAGUGUCCCCACUGCAAAAAAAUAUCCUCUGUUGGCAGUGCGCUCCCUAGAAGGCGCUGUUGUGCUUAUAUAACUAUAGGAAUGAUCUGCAUUUUCAUUGGAGUGGGUUUAACAGUUGGUACUCGAGGCUUUGCCAGUCGUUAUAACGCCACCUACGUAUCUUGGGCAUUCGCCUACCUGCUGGGCCUCAUCUGUCUGAUACGAGCCUGCUACUGGGGCGCUAUCAAAGUCAGCUACCCGGAGAACAGCUUCGCCUAGAGCGGCUCGGUGUGGCAUGGCCCUGCAGGGCUGGAAGAACAAACCACACUUUUAGUUUUUUCAUCUUGUUCAGAUUUCAAACCGGUCAUGUUCAGCGGGGUGGAACGUCUGGGCAGGAGUGUGUAGAAGAGGUGUUGUGUAUGUUUGAAGGGGAAGUGUGUUGGAGAUGUAGCUUGUGGUGUUUGUGUCUGACAUGUUUUUUAAGAGAGUUUUGACUCGCUGAACAAACCUAAUGUCCACAAGGACUCAAAUCCUGCCCAGAUUUUGCCAAAAUCUUCCAAAAUACAGAAUCAAGAACUUAAAAAAAACUGUGAUUUUUUCUUGAUGAAUGCCAAAAUUAGCUCAUUUAAAAAUGAUAGUUUAGCAAACUGGUUGGAUUUGGUCUUUCUGGACCUUUUUUUUUUUCAGUUUUUUCAGCAGCCUGACUGAUACCCACUUGAUUUCUUGUGUUACUGACCAGACCAAAAUGAGACAACCUCCUAAGAACAGUUUAGCCCAUUGCACUACGAUUAUAUGCAAUUGUAUGUGUUGUUUUGCUGCUAGUUUAACUCCAGCUACAGAUAGCUGCAUAUCCAUACUGUAUUGUAACAUUUACCUUGCCUGUGUACACUGACAUAGUAUUGCUAUAUGAUUUUAACUCUUGAAAAGAUCAAUUUUUAAAAAGAAAUCCUCCUUAAAUACCCAUAUGUGCCAACUUUGCUGCCCAGUAUUAGUCAAGAAGAGCAUCAGAUCAACAGGAGCUUGUUUUACGUUGUCGUGCCAUGCAGCUUUUAACUCACUACAGCAAUAACCCUUUUUAUUUGAGUUAUUUUUAACCUUUCCCGUCAUACCUCCCCGUGUUUUUCAAUCCGUGUUUCUGUUGCCUUCUCACUGGUGGAAAACAUGGUGACUCACGUUUGCAUGUUGUUUAUGUUCUGUCACUGAGGUGGUGUUUUUUUCUGUUACAGAAAGGUAGCUGAAGCGUAUGAUGUUCCUAUCUUUGCUCCUUCUGCCUGUGAGUUAGAAUGUAAACCCUCCUCCUCCUCCUCUUCUUCCUCCCCUUCGCUUAUAUCGACCGCUGUCUGACCUUCGGUGAACUCUGUGCUAGCUAGCAUCGCUAUAGGCUAACUCAGCAUCCUGUCUCUUGACCUUGACCAGUGGGCACAGUUCAAACUUCUAACCUUUGUUUUGAAUGUGAUGAUGAUGAUGAUGACGAUGAUGAUGAUGAUGAUGAUGAAACAGAAAAUAAUAUUAAAAAAACUUUGUACAUAGUUCAAAUUCAGUACUUGGAGAACUGUAGUGAAAGGUGGAAAGGAGAGGAUGGCUCGUGGGUCUUUUUAAAAAUGAUAAUUUAUCAAUAAAAUGUAAAAACUGCCUGUA